CCAACCUUACACGUAUUAUCGUGCGAGUAGGUUUGGUUUAGUUUGUGGUAGAUAUCAAGUAAGUUGGUGAGUCAGUUCACGGCAGAAAAGUUUCCAGUAUUACGUUUUGUACAUGAUAAUACUUAUUACAUACACGAGCAGGAGUAGUGUGAUCGAGUGAGCAAGCUCAUCCUAUUUCAUUGUGGAAGUGCUGCCGGCAAGUUUGUUCGUUAAGGAUUUCUGUUACAGUAGAACGGCGAAGAGAAUCUCUCUUGGUAAAAGUUUUACCAACUGUCACUCCAUUAUACUCACCUCAUUUCAUACCGGUAGAAAAACUCAAGAAGAACACGGUGGAAAAAGUGCAUUGAAGAACAACGGAAGAAAAUUAUAUUACCUCUGCUGGAGAAUUAAUUUGUUGAAAAGUGCAAAGUUUAACAAAUAGCGAAACACAUACACAGGCAAAAUGGUUGCAUCAAGUCGUUCGGUCAAUGUUCGUGUUACGACGAUGGAUGCGGAGCUGGAGUUCGCAAUACAGCCGUCGACAACUGGGAAGCAGUUGUUCGACCAAGUGGUCAAAACCAUCGGCCUGCGAGAAAUUUGGUUCUUUGGACUUCAGUACGUUGACAGCAAAGGAUAUCAAACAUGGCUCAAAUUGAACAAAAAGGUACUGAGCCAGGAUAUCAAGAAGGAGUCGCCACUGCAGUUCCGUUUCCGAGCAAAGUUUUAUCCUGAAGACGUUGCAGAAGAAUUAAUCCAAGAUAUCACAACGAGGCUGUUCUACUUGCAAGUAAAGAAUGCAAUUUUGUCUGAUGACAUUUAUUGUCCACCCGAGACCUCGGUUCUACUUGCUUCCUACGCUGUCCAGGCAAAGUAUGGAGAUUACAAUAAAGAAAUUCACACGAGUUUGGCAAAUGACAGAAUUCUUCCUCAGAGAGUUAUGGAUCAACACAACAUGAGCCGAGAAGAAUGGGAAGAGCGUAUCGUAACUUGGUGGAAGGAACACAAGGGAAUGAUGCGCGAAGAUGCAAUGAUGGAGUAUCUCAAGAUUGCUCAAGACCUUGAAAUGUAUGGAGUCAACUACUUUGAAAUCAAGAACAAAAAAGGAACCGAUUUGUGGCUCGGAGUUGACGCAUUGGGACUUAACAUUUAUGAACGGGAAGAUAAACUUACACCCAAAAUUGGUUUCCCUUGGUCCGAAAUUCGCAACAUUUCAUUCAACGAUAGAAAAUUCGUGAUUAAACCAAUUGAUAAGAAAGCUCCCGAUUUUGUUUUCUUUGCCCCUCGUCUUCGUAUUAACAAGAGAAUUCUUGCCCUCUGCAUGGGUAAUCAUGAGCUGUACAUGCGACGCAGGAAACCAGACACUAUUGAAGUUCAGCAAAUGAAGGCCCAAGCAAGGGAAGAAAAGUUGGCCAAACAACAAGAAAGGGAGAAGCUUCAACGUGAAAUUACUGCUCGAGAACAGGCCGAACGUAAGCAACAAGAGUACGAAGGACGUUUGAAGGCUAUGCAAGAAGAAAUGGAACGACGACAAGGCGAACUUCUUGAAGCACAAGAGACAAUCCGUCGUCUUGAAGAACAACUUCGAGCUCUCCAGAAGGCCAAAGAACACCUUGAGGAGCGUCAAAACGAGCUUCAGGAGAUGAUGGAACGUUUGGAGGCAAGCAAAGAGAUGGAAGCUGCAGAGAAGCAAAAAUUGGAAGAUGAAAUCAGAAUGAAACAAGAGGAAGUUAUGCGAAUCCAGGAAGAAGUGCAGGCCAAGGACGAGGAGACCCGAAGACUCCAAGAAGAGGUUGAGGCCGCACGCAAACGUCAGGAAGAAGUCGCGAACGCUCUUAUCAAUGCUACCACCACCCCAGCAAACCACCACUUGACAGAUCACGAUGACGAUGAUGAGUUAGUGCCAAACGGACACUCGCAAGAAUUGUAUGGUGGCGAUGGCGAAUAUGCUGACCCUGUUGAUGGAAUGCAGACCCAAUCACAGAAGAAUGAAAAAUUGCAAUCACAACUUAAGAUGUUGAAACAAGAGCUCAUGGAAACUCGUGACGACAGCAAAGAGACCACCAUGGACAAACUCCACAAAGAGAAUGUUCGACAAGGGCGAGACAAGUACAAGACCUUAAGAGAAAUCCGAAAAGGAAAUACCAAGCGAAGAGUAGAUCAAUUUGAAAAUAUGUAAUAUGUAAACGUCGCCAUCAUCAUUUCUACAUACUAUAUUACUUACUUUAUAUACAUUUAUCACGUAAUACCUGCCCAGUGCUUGGUUGAAUCAGUUACGCCUACUAUUAUUAGAUUUUCAAUUAUCCUGUUAAAAAAUAGUUUACUUUUACACAUCUGGCUGGUAAAAUUCAUUAACAUAGAUUAGGCACGCAAAGUUCACUACUAUGCUACACUACUACAGCUCUGUUGCUGGUUGUUUGGUUUGUUACUGCAUAAUAUUGUUUUUGGGAAGAGAUUUUUGUCCAUCUCUUUAAAAAUUUAGUUAUUAUAGGAUGUAGUCAUAAUAUUUAGGCGUAUUAUUCAAUAAAUUGUUGUAGUAGCUGCUUUUGAGACGAGACGCGACCAGUCACGAAAAAUUUUGUUAUUUAGAAUGUAGUAUUGUUGACUAUAAAUGACUUUCAGCUCUGACCAAACAUUUAGAAGAAGGGAAGCCUCUACUCUUAUAUACCGCCUUCUUAAUUAAUGUGAACAAAUGAUUUUUUGGUUAAUUUUGUUUCUCUCUCUCUCCCUCCUCUCUCAGGCCAUUUAUUCUUGCAGUACUUACUUGUUUGUAAAAAAAUGUGGUAGUUUCCAGUUUAUCUACAUUACUUUGUUCUGUUCCGUUCCAAAGUUAGUCUGAUUAUUUAACGAGAUGAUAAUUAUAAUAGAUUUGUCUUCUACUUCUUGGUAUGACUGAACUUUCCGAGUUCAUUAUAUUAGGUAUAACUGUUAUCCGAACCAUUCCGGCAUGCUGUGUUGAUAUGUUUUCGUUAAAACGUUAUUCAUACUUAUUAUUACAUGUAUUCCUCCUCCUUUUGAGAACAUGAACUGAACUGAAAUGACCAAAGCAAGUAAAGUAUUCAAAUUGGUGCCUAUAUAAAAAUGUAAUUCUACUUCAACUACUUUUUGACUUUGUACACGCAUAACACUUAUAUUCACUAUGUACUAGUACAUAAAUGUGCUACUGCCUUUCACUAUGAUACGUCAACUUGUGGCAAAUGUAAGAUGAACGAAUGUAAAAAUUCUAUAAUUUUGCAUAAUUAUUGUUCUAAUCUCAUUGUUAUUAUUAUUUAGAUUUGGCAUGCUUCGAGAUUGCUCCUCUAUUUCUUAAAUUAAAAAAAUAGUUUUCUCGCUUUUUGUAAAAGAAAACAAAAAUUCAAUCGCAAAAAUUUUAAGUGAAUACCUGAACCCCGUGUACCUCACCACAAUCAGAAAUUUAUUGCUUAUUAUAAUAAAAGACAGUAACAAGACGGAAAAGAAUUUAUAAAAAAAUAGUUAAAUGAAUAGACGACUUGUAUCCAAUUAUUCCAGACACACACACACAUUGUAUAUUUUGCUGUUAAAUUAUUAGUCAGUAAAUUCUUCGGGUAUUGAUUGAUUAUUAGAGUUUAGAUAUUUAUAUCUAUGGAGCAUUAUUAGAAUAUGUUGUACAUGAGGAGCCGAACGUGUCAAAAGAUGUAUUUCACUACAAUCUCUACAAAAUAUUAGGCUUAAUAAUUCCGAAUGCUGGAGAAUGAGCGUUUAAUAUGCGGAAAUAAAUUAUAUAUUAUAUUUAA